AAUAUAUUUUAAAAAUAUGAACAAAAAGUUCUGGAAACAGAAAUGUUUUUCAAAUAUUUUUAUAGCUUGAAUGUGUAUAUAACUUUCCUGAUAGCAGUAGUAGCUAUAUUAGGCGAUUAUAUAGUGGCUCAUUUAAAGAUACACAUCUUUCAAGCAAUUUUUGACAAUGCAACACAUGCAAUAAUUGGAGGUUUAUCUUGGUUUUUAGUUUGUAUUAACUACAAAACAGAACUCAGGUCUUCGUAUGUGAUUUUAGAAAUUGGAAUAUGUUCAUUUUUAUCCUCCUUCAUAGACGUAGACCACUUUAUCGCUGCAAAGUCAUUAAGUUUGACGAAAGCUACACAUCUUAGUCGAAGGCCUUUGCUGCACUGUUCAACAUUUCCUUUGUUAACAUGUAUUUUAUUUUUAUUGUUGAGCUACAUUUUUCAAUGGCCGGUGAUAAAACGGUACACAUUAAUUGUUUUCACUGCUUUUGCUAGUCAUCAUACGAGGGAUGCAACCAGGAGAGGUUAUUGGUUGUAUUGGUAUGGAUCGACGCCACCAAUACCCUAUGGUGUUUAUGUGUUGAUAACAUGCAUUAUACCUUAUUUUGUGUACUACACAUGUAAAUAUACAGAUGUAGAUAGUGUUGGUUAUAGGAAGUUGUCUGUGAUAUAAAUUAAAUGUUUAUAGGUCUCAUAUAUUGGUAAUACAUAAUACAUUAAAAUAAUAAAGUAUAAAAAAUUGAAAUUAUUAAAAACCGACUACAAGGACUAACACCUCACGAUUAUAAGCUUUCUUCAAAUUUCAUUAUAAAAAUAAAGUUUACCACCACUUAAAUAAUCUGGUAUAAUUAAUUUUUUCUAAAUAUGCCUUAUAGA